CUCGUCAAUGCCCAUCAGUGUCAGAGUCGGCUCGCCAUUGUCGUCACACUGCCUUGCUCGAGCUCGAUUGCUUCACUUGCCGCCAGUCGCGCGUCGCACUCUGGUCUCCAUCCCAACAACAACAGCAGCAACCACACCAGCAGCAACACGACCAUCCCGACAACCACCACCGCACGGCUGCACGUUCCCAAUCCGGCAGCCUUGCACUGCAGUUCAGUCCUCAGUCUCGGCGGCGCAAAUGUCAACCUCGGCCUCCGCACCUUCCACACCCGCUCCUUCCCGCCAUGAGGAGAUGCAGUACCUGGAUCUCAUCCGGGCGAUCAUUGAAAACGGCGACGAGCGGCUCGACCGCACCGGCACUGGCACGCGCAGCAUUUUCGGAGCCCAGAUGCGUUUUAGCUUGCGCGAUGGCGUCAUGCCUCUGCUGACGACCAAGCGCGUGUUCUGGCGUGGAGUGGCCGAGGAGCUGCUUUGGUUUGUGGCUGGCAACACGAAUGCGACAGCGCUCUCCGACAAGGACAUCCACAUUUGGGAUGCGAAUGGAUCGCGCGCCUUCCUCGAUGGACGCGGUCUCCAGCACCGUGAAGAAGGCGAUCUCGGCCCAGUCUACGGCUUCCAGUGGCGACAUUUCGGCGCGCCCUACACGACCAUGCACGCCGAUUACGAAGGAAAAGGUGUGGACCAGCUGAAGCAUGUCAUCGAGACAAUCAAGACCAACCCGAACGACCGAAGGCUCAUCAUUAGCGCCUGGAAUCCUGUUGACAUUCCCAAUAUGGCCCUUCCUCCAUGCCAUAUGAUGUGUCAAUUCCACGUCAGCAGCAAGAAGGAGCUGUCAUGCCUCAUGUACCAGCGAUCUGCCGACAUGGGUCUCGGUGUUCCGUUUAACAUUGCCUCGUAUGCGCUUCUCACCAUCAUGGUUGCUGAAGUCACGGGCUUGACUCCAGGCGAACUCGUUCAUACCAUUGGAGACGCGCACGUGUACCUAAAUCACAUUGAUCCCUUGAAGGAGCAGCUGAAACGCGAGCCGCGCCCAUUCCCGACCUUCAAGCUGAACAGGAAGGUCACCGAAAUUGACGAUUUUCGUUUUGAGGACUUUGUCAUCACUGGCUACAAUCCACACGCCAAAAUUGAAAUGGACAUGGCCGUGUAGCAGCCGAAAGGGGAACGAAAAGCUCGGAUUGCUUCGUUGCAGCAAACAAGACCGUGUGACAUGUGUGUAUUAAAAAAAAAAAAAAGUAAAUGUUAUGCUGUCA